CUCUUAGUGGGACUUUAGAAUAGGGUUGCCUUUAGCCAUGGCUUCCAAAAAGAAGGCAAUUUUGGGAGGCAAAGAGUCUGAGGUCAAGAAGAAGAAGGGCAAGAAGGAUCCCAUGGUGACCAUCAAGAUUGUGGAAGGGCCCUCGAUAGAGGAGAUGCGGGAGUUCUACCUCAACCAGAUCCGAGACCUGGAGGACCGGCUGGCCCGGUACCAGCGGAAGUGGGACGAGCUGGCUGCACAGGAGAAACUCUUCCGCCAGGAGUUUGAACAGCUGGCUAAUAACAAGAAGGAGAUUGUGGCCUUCCUCAAGCGCACGCUCAACCAGCGGGUGGACGAGAUCACGGACCUCAACGAGCAGCUGCAGGCUCUGCAGCUGGCAAAGGAGAUGGAGAAGGACGCCUUUGAGGCCCAACUGGCCCAGGUGCGCCAUGAGUUCCAGGAGACCAAGGACCAGCUCACCACGGAGAACAUCAUCCUUGCGGGGAAGCUGGCAGCCCUGGAGGAGUUCCGGCUGCAGAAAGAGGAGCUCAUGGAGAAGUUCAUGUCACUGGAGGAACAGCUGCAGAGGCAGGAGACUGAACACAAGGACUAUGUGUACAACCUUGAAAAGAAGUCGGUGCUGGACAAGGACAGACUGAGGAAAGAGAUCAUCCAGCGUGUGAACCUGGUGGCCACUGAGUUCCGCAAAGUGGCCACCAGCCAGAUGUGGGAGACGACAAGGCGGGCCAUCCUAGAGAACAGCACGGUGACCCUGAAGCUGGCCAAGGUGUCCCAGCAAGGCGUGCAGCUGCUGCAGGAGAAUGAGCAGCUCAAGGGCAGCCAGGGUGACCUGUGCAAGCAGCUGGAGCUGAUGGAGGACACGCACAAGGUCAUGGCCAGAAACAGCAGAGGCCACCAGAAGAUCAUCCUCAUGCUGACGGAGAAGUGCCGCGAGCAUCAGCAGGGCACCACGGAGGCCAAGCAGCUGCGUCUCCUGCUGCAAGAACUGGAGCAGAGCUUCCUGCAGCUGCAGACGGACAACCAGACACUGAGGAGCCAGACAGACCAGCUGAUACAGCAGCUGGAGCAGCAGCAGGCAGACGUACAGCGGCUGCGGCGGGAGCUGGCGGAGGAGCAGAAGGCUCGGGCCACCUUGGAGAUGGCCCUGGCCCAGGCCACCAUUCUUCUACAGGACAUUCUGCAGAUGCAAACAGAGGAAGAGGAUGACUACUUUGAUGUGGUAUUCCAGCUGCGGCACAAGGAGAUGCUGAAGCAACUGCUGGCCCUGCUCAGCUCUGCCAUGGUCCUGAGUCCCCAUAUAGCUGUGUGUCCUGUCCAGGAGACCCAGCCCUGUGGCCCACUCAAGGAAAGGCAGCCCAGCAGCCAGUCAGCCAGGGCGGCAUCUCUGCUGCGGCAGCUGUCCGGCAUCACACCCUACCAGCCAGGAGACCUAGGACUGGUGCCUCGCCAGGUCCACAUCCCACCUAACUCCCAGGACCUCAGGCAGCUCUCCCACGUCACCCGCAUGAAGCCCUUCCGGGCACACAGUUUCUCGGAGACACAUGCGUCAAGCUCUCUAAAGAAGCUCAAAAAAUUUAGUCUUCCUGAAGUUUUCCUGCGUCCCAAGUAGCACAUGGAGAAAUGAUCAAUCCCUACCCUGGAAGUGGACUGUUUUAGACGGCCACAGUCCUCAUCUUGAGUCUGUAAGUGGCCUGGGACAGCCCAGAGGAGUUAUAUAAAAAGUGGAU